AUGGGACCGCUUACAAAUCAUGCAGAGCAAAGCAAUCGGAGCUGCACUGGGUCUGCCCAUAUACAUGUCGGCCAAAUAUAUCCACCAGAUCAGCAACAUCUCAAAGAUCAAGGACUAUGCAAAUUAGUUUAUACAUCUGCUGAAAAUCUUCAAAACAACAGUUUUAAAAAAGAAAUUGUCACUAAAUUACUACAUACAAGAACAUCGAAUAUUCGAGAUAGUUUAAGUAAACAAUAUUAUCCCACUGAAGUCGAACAUGUUGUUGAUAAACUUCAAUUUAAUGUGAUUUUAAUUGGCUCACUACGUGUUGGAAAAAGUCAAUUAAUCAAUGCUUUAUGUGGUCAAGGUAUUGCUGAAAUAAGUCCAGGACUUAACUCAUGUUCAAAAAAAAUUAAAUGUUAUACAUUACAAGAUUAUCAACAAUUAACAUCAGAAAUAAAACCAUUUCAAAUCAAUUUCUUUCAUACACCUAGUAUUUAA